AUGAUUAUUAAAUAUAACCUUCAAAUUAUUGAGAGAUGCCCUGUAGUACUUAGUAUAACGAUCUUUACUUCUACCCUCACAGCGUUGGAGGAUAUUACUCGAACGAUAAUGUCCGAUAAACAAGAUAAUGAACGUAUUAAGAAGAUCAGAGAGAUCUACAGGUACGAUGAAAUAUCGAAUAAGGUGCUAAAAGCAGAUAAGAGAUUGCAAGAGAAUAGAACAGAUCCACUAAAAGAUGCUCAGUUAUCGCAACCAUCUUCUAUGGCAGGAAAGAUAUCAGUGAAAGAUAUGGGUACGGUUAUAUCUAGAGAAUUUACGGAAGAUGAUAAACAGGUUGCCAGCCGAAAUGUUGCUAGGAUAGAGGCAAGAAAGACAGCAGCAAAUCUAAAGAAACGUAAAACAGGUAAAAAUACAAUUUUGACCGAUGAAUUAGAACUAUUGAACUAUUAUCCGACUACCGAUGCAACUAAAGAAGUAUACGAACAAAUAGUUCAGUUAGUUACAAAUUUUUUGGGAAGCGACCUUCCUCAUAGUGUCAUAGUGAGUGCCGCGGACCUAAUUCUGCAAACCUUGAAAGAGAACGAGGAGGGUUCAGAUUACAACAUGACAACUAAAAAGCGACAGAUAGAGGAUGAUCUCGAUAUGAAGGUUGAAGACGGUGUUUUUCGUGAUUUAGUUGCUUUGAGCAAGAAGAUACACGAUUAUGGGCGUUCUAAGCAGAGCAAUGAAGAUGACGCUAUUGCGAUCGCCGAUUCUAGUGACCAAGAAGAAGAAGAGGAAGAACCGAAUCCUUUACUUGCUCAGAUAGCUGAUGAUGAACAAGAAGUGGAACAAGACUUUGAACAAGAUGAAAAUUUGGCAGCAGAAGUUAAGGCUCCGGAUGCUGAGAUGACAGAAAAUAAUGAAAUCAUUGAAUUUAAAGACGUUAAAUCUAAUAACGGAGAGGAGCAAAUUUCCAUUUCCAGUGUCAACGAACAUUAUAUUCAAAAUAAACUUACAGCAGAGUUACAGGAAAGCGACUCGACUAUAAAACAACUAACACUUAGGGUAGUUGAGCUAAUAAGCGAGGAAACAGACAAUGACCAGUUACGCAGCUCACUCAGUAGGGCUUUGGGAGAGAAUAGCGGACAUUUGGUAGACUUUUUCGUUAAAAAUAGAUUACAAUUGCUCUGGGGUGUGAGACUUUCUCGCGCAUCUGACGACGUUAAGGAAGAUUUAUUAGAGCAGUUAAAUAAAGAAGGACAUUCUGUGCUUGUCGAGCAAUAUAAACAUAGCAGUGCCCAAAAUAAACGUAAGCGGGGGGAGGAUGAUGAAAAUGUGCCACACUCUAGCAGACAACAUAAGAAGGUAAAAAACAGCAGCAAAUUGCAGCUGGUUGACCUGGAUUCUAUUUCAUUUGACCAGGGCUCAAAGUUAUUGACAGCAACAAAGAUAUCUUUACCAGAGGAAUCUUACAAAAAAGUAAAGCCCACCUACGAAGAAAUCCAUAUUCCUGCACCGUCCAAACCAGCAGAUAACUUCACUUUGCUUACAUUUGAUAGACUACCAAAAUGGGCACAGAGUUGUUUCAUUACUUCUGAGGCAAAAACCUUUAAUCGUAUUCAAUCGGAGGUUUAUCCUAUCGCAUUCGAAAGAGAUAGUAACAUGCUACUUUGUGCACCUACCGGUGCAGGUAAAACAAAUGUUGCUAUGUUAACAAUACUGCGGACUAUGUCCAAAUAUUACAACGAAGAAACAAGAUCUUUUAAGACAUCAAAGUUUAAAAUUGUAUACAUUGCUCCUCUUAAGGCACUAGUGCAGGAGCAGGUAAGGGAAUUCCAGAGGAGGUUACAGCAAUAUGGUAUCAAAGUUGCGGAAUUAACUGGUGAUUCUAACCUAACAAAGCAACAAAUUAUGGACACUCAGAUUCUUGUAUCAACACCAGAAAAAUGGGACGUUAUAACGAGGAAUGAUGCAAAUAAAUCAUAUACGAAACUUGUACGUCUGAUAAUAAUUGAUGAAGUCCAUUUGUUGCAUGAUGAUAGAGGCCCUGUCAUUGAGAGCAUUGUUGCAAGAACAUUACGAGGUAAGUAUAUGGAUAAUAUCCCUAGAAUAAUUGCUUUAUCAGCCACCUUGCCGAAUUUUAACGACGUUGCAGACUUUUUAAAUGUUCCAGAAGAAGGUUUAUUUUACUUUGACGCUACUUAUAGACCAUGCCCACUUGCACAACAAUUCUGUGGCAUAACGGAAAGUAAUGCUGUAAAAAGGAUUAAUGGCUUGAACCAAGCAUGUUAUGAUAAAGUUUUAGAAGCUGUUAGUGAGAAUAAUCAGGUUAUUGUAUUUGUACAUUCACGUAAGGAUACAGCGAGGACUGCAAAAUGGUUGAAAGAAAAGGCGACAGAGGAAGACACAUUAGGAAAAUUUGUAUUAUCAGACAUCAGCUCCAAGGAAAUUUUAAACAGGGAAUCUGAUAAUAUAUCUGAUAAAAAUUUACGAGACUUAAUCCAGCAGGGUUUUGGAAUUCAUCAUGCCGGCCUGCCAAAGAAUGAUAGAUCUUUAUCCGAAGAUUUGUUUGCAGAUGGUCUAAUAAAAGUUCUUGUAUCAACCGCAACACUAGCCUGGGGUGUUAACCUUCCAGCACACACUGUGAUAAUAAAAGGAACCGAUGUUUAUUCACCGGAAAAGGGCAAGUGGAUGUCAUUGUCUCCUCAGGACGUUUUACAAAUGUUGGGUAGAGCUGGUAGACCUAGAUAUGACGUUAAUGGUGAGGGUAUUAUUAUCACAAAUCAACAAGAUAUACAUUACUAUCUUGCUGUCCUAAAUCAACAAUUACCAAUAGAGUCACAGUUGAUAAGUAAAUUACCGGAUAACCUGAACGCGGAGAUUGUUCUUGGAGACAUCAAGUGUCGAGCCGAUGUUGUUGAUUGGUUACAGUAUACCUAUUUAUACAUGAGAAUGAGAAAGUCUCCUGAACUUUACAAAGUAAUCCGAGAACCUAAUUCUAAUGAUCCAAAGUUGUUAACUUAUAGAGAAAUUUUGGCACACUCUGCACUCACGAUUCUUCACGAUAAUAAUUUAAUAGUGUAUGAUGCAGAUUCUGGUAUUAUUUCUUCCACUGCCUUAGGUAGAAUUGCAUCACAUUUUUACAUCAAAUAUGCUUCAGUUGCCAUGUACAAUCAACAGCUGAAUAUGCACAUUGAUCAGAUAGAAAUAUUUAGGAUAUUUGCAUCUUCUGACGAGUUCAAAUACGUUACCACACGGCAGGAGGAAAAGAACGAAAUUACAAAUCUAUUAGAAAGAGCUCCUAUACCAAUAAAAGAAUCGCCUGACGACCCGUUAGCCAAGAUCAAUGUUUUAUUACAAGCAUAUAUAUCCAGGUUAAGGUUGGAUGGUUUUGCAUUGAAUUCUGAUAUGAUAUAUAUCACACAGAAUGCAGGACGUUUAUUUAGAGCGUUAUUUGAAAUUUCUUUAAGAAAAGGAUGGCCAAGGUUAACACGGGCUUUACUUAAUAUGUGCAAGUCUAUUGAUAAUAGAAUGUGGUUAACUAACUCUCCGCUAAGGCAAUUUAAGAAUUGUCCAGUUGAUGUUAUAAAACGUAUGGAAGCAUCUGCAUUACCAUGGAAUGAAUACUUAGAUCUCAAGUCUCCAGCAGAAGUUGCGCAGGCAAUAAGGUCGGAAAAGUAUGGCAAAGUUACUUACGACUUGCUCCACAGGUUUCCGAAAAUGCAGAUCGAAUGCUCAAUCCAGCCGAUAACUAGAACUUUACUAAAAUUUAGUGUUGGAGUAAUACCGCAAUGGAUUUGGGACCAAAAGGUUCAUAGUUAUGCUGAACCGUUUUUAUUGACUGUUGAAGACACUAACGGGGAAAAGGUCCUAUACACCGAUAUAGUUACCAUCACUCGAGAUUAUUUGAAUGAAGAAUGCUUAAUAGAUUUUACUAUACAAAUUGACGCUUUUCCAAGGUCACAGCUCCCUCCAAACAUUUUUAUAUCUCUAUCAUCUAUGAAAUGGCUAUAUUGUGAUUAUAAAAUCCCAGUUAUAUUGGAUGGAGUUCAUCUACCACGGAAAUUCCCACCCCCUACAAAGCUCAAUGAUGAUGAAUUACUCUCUACCAGUGAGCUUGAAGAAAAGGAUUUCAUUGCGGCCUUACAGUUCGACACUUUUAACAAAUUUCAAUCCCAAGUGUUUCAUUCGCUAUAUAAUGGGGAUGAAAAUGUAUUUAUUGGUGCUUGCAAAGGAGCAGGUAAAACAGUUAUGGCAGAAAUAGCGCUAAUGAAUCAUUGGAGAAGUGGCAAAGGUCGUGCUAUAUACAUUUCUCCUUCCCAGGGUAAGAUUGAUAUCCUUGUUAAACACUGGAGAAAGAAAUACUCUGAUAUAGCAGGGUUUAAAAAUAUCAACAAGUUUGGACGUGAGCUAAGUGCCAAUAUAAGAAUACUUGCUGAAUCACAUUUGGUAUUAGCCACUCCUGCACAAUUUGACUUGAUAUCUCGCAAAUGGAAGCGAAGGAAAAAUAUUCAAACUCUACAGCUAAUGAUUCUUGACGAUGUUCAUACCAUUAGUAAUGGAUAUGAUGGGGCUAUUUAUGAGAAUAUUAUAGCAAGAAUGUUGUUUAUUAGAGGACAGUUAGACACGGGCUUAAGAUUAAUUGGAUUGUCCACCUCGUUAGCAAAUGGUCGUGACUUUGGUGAAUGGCUUGGUGCUAAAAAGUCUGGUAUCUUCAACUUUUCCUCUCAGGAAAGAACUUCAGCACUCCAAAUACAGAUACAGUCAUAUGCUAGCAAUAAUAAAGGUCUCUUGCCAUCUAUGAUCACAUCUGCAUCCAAUUACACACUUCUAGCUACGUCUAAUAAUUCAAAGGUGCUUGUUUUUGUGCCAAGUAGGCAAGAUUGCUUUAACUUUGGGAUCUCAUAUAUCAAAUUUGCAUCUCAGAGUGAUUUCUCACUUUUGUCAGCUGUUGAUACAUCUGUACAAGAAUAUCUGGAUCAAUUAACGGAUAACAACCUAAAAGAGCCCUUGAGACAUGGAAUAGGCUUUUUAUAUAGGGGGAUUUCAGAUGUUGACAAAUCAAUUAUAGAAAACCUCUAUAUGACAAAGCAAAUCAAAAUGAUAGUUGUUUCAAGGGACUACUGUGAAUUGGCACCAUUUGCAGACACGGUUUUAAUUGCGAGUACUAGUUAUUAUGAAGCGAAAGAGCAUAGGUAUGUGAAUUAUCCCGUCAUUGAUAUUUUAGAGAUGACUGGACUCGCUAAGGGUUCUGGAGAAAACCCUGGAAAGGCCAUUCUUAUGACUGAUGACAAUGCCAAGGAAUACUAUAAGAAAUUCCUUGGUGAAUCCCUUCCUACUGAAAGUUUCAUGCCAUAUUAUUUGCAUGAUGGAAUUGCCAAUGAUAUUUCAACAGCGAUAGUUGAAAGUAAGCAGGAUUGUAUUGAUUGGAUAACUUACUCCUACUUUUAUCGUCGUAUUCAUUCGAAUCCUAGUUUUUAUGGUGUUAAGGAUACUUCGGCUAUUGGAAUUUCUGCAUAUCUGACUGAAUUGGUAGAGGAAACGUUGAACGACCUUGCUGAGAUAAAAAUGGUUGAGAUGAGAACAACUAAUGAAAAUCAAAAUGCUGAUGAUCCUGAGAUUUCAGAAAUUAUCAUACCACUCAAUAAUUGUAUGAUCGCUUCACAGCAUGGCAUUUCAUUCCAAACUAUGCAUAUCUUUGUCGACUCUCUGUCUAAAUCAACGAAACUUAAGUCUUUAUUGGAAAUACUGGCUUCUGCUGUUGAAUUUGAGGACAUUGCUCUUAGACAAGACGAUAAAGCGCUUCUGUUGAGACUCCAUAGCCAGCUACCAUUUAAAUUCUCUGGCGGUGAGUUGCCAGAAUCGUGCUCUUUCAAAGUCUUCGUUCUUUUGCAAGCUUACUUUACCCGUUUACAACUACCAACAGAUUUAAAGCAGGACCUUGAUGAGAUAUUGAUGAAAGCUAUGCCGUUAAUCAAUGGUAUUGUAGAUAUCCUUUCCGGAGAAGGUAUGCUGAAUGUAACUACAGCGAUGGACAUAUCCCAAAUGCUAGUGCAGGGAUGUUGGGAUACGGACAGUCCUCUAAAACAGAUACCAUUCUUUGAUAGUCAGAUAUUAGAAAAGUGUUCUGCAAACAAUGUUGAAACCGUGUAUGAUAUAAUGGCAUUGGAAGAAGAAGAGCAAGAGAAAAUUCUUAUACUACCAGCGAAGCAAUUGAAUCAAGUUGCCAAUUUUGUUAACAACUACCCUAAUAUUGAACUUAAAUAUUCCAUUAAUUUAUCAUCUCCAAUCUCAGUCAAUGAAACGAAAACUAUAAACGUCACUAUACUUAGAGAUGAGGAACCUGAAUCUUUAAAUGUUGUUUCAGAGAGAUUUCCAGGGCAAAAGCUGGAAAACUGGUGGCUUUUUGUUGGUGAAGUUUCCACUAGACAAUUGUAUUCUAUAAGAAGGAUUGUACUAGGUAAGGAAUCACAGACUUUUAAUCUUGAGUUCUCGUUAUCAGAGCCUGGUUCUCACAAACUGUCAAUAUGGUGUGUCUGUGACUCUUAUUUAGACGCAGAUAAAGAGGUGUCGUUUGAACUUGAAGUAAAGUGA